AUGCGGUUUGCAGCAGUUGGUAGUAAACACAUGGUUCCUUUAAAUAAGACUUCUUUAUGUCUAGAUUUCACGGCCAUCUUGAUCGGUUGUUUUGUAACUCAAGCUUCAAUAUUUUUGUAUUUGUUGGCAUCCGAAGAAACUUGUGACUUGGGACCAUCAGGUUAUGUUUUAAUCAUGCCAAAACUACAAGCCCGACCCAGAUGGCAAAAGAUACAAAUAAAUAAAUAUGGAGGUAUCGGAAAAUGCUCUCCAAGCGUUAGAAAAGGUAUGAGCUAUAGAAAAGCUGCGGACAAAUUUGGUAUUCCGAAGAUUGUCAUUUACAGACAUAUGAAGAAUGACAGCUUGAAACCCCAAGGUGGUCAAACUGCACUUAGUCUUAAAGUUGAACAAAUUAUUUUAGAAAAAUAAUUUAGCUUGUGACUUGUUCAAGGCAUACUUGGAUAAAAGGGGGCAGACUGUAACCAGGUUUAAUAAUAAUAUGCUUGGAGACGAGUUUGCGAAAUCAUUUUUGCAUCGUCAUCGGAAUGAAUCGUCGGUGAGGAUGUGCCAAAACAUAAAGAGAUCGCGUGUAGGUGUAAAUGCGGAAGAAAUCAAUGAUUAUUUCUAUCAUCUGGAAGCUUCAUUGCAAGGUGUACCUCCACAAAAUAUUGUUAACUACGAUGAGACCAAUCUGUGCGAUGAUCCCGGACGGAAAAAGGUCAUAACAAAACAUGUGACUAAAUAUCCUGACCGCGUACUAAACCACAGCAAGUCUGCCACAUCAAUAAUGUACGCGACAGCUGCUGAUGGCAAAGU